UCCACGCUGUGCUCGGAACCCAUGGUGGACUUCAUGGAGCACAACGUGCUCGUGUGGGGCGGGUCGUUGAUGCACGGAGAGGCCUACGCCGUCGGGAACGCCCUCGAUGCCUGCGCGUUCCCCUACGUGGGGCUGCUCCUGUGCAAGCAGAACCAAGUGCAGGUUGUGGAACGGGUGGAGGGUGCGGAGAAUACGGAGGCGUUGCUAGACAGGCUGACCUCGGCCAUGGCGCGCUUCCAGGAGCAGCUGGACCGAAUCCACAGGCAGCAGAGAGAGAGGGAGGAGGCGCGAAGGCUCAGGGAGGAGCAGGACAACGACUACAAGAAGGGGUUGGAGGCAGACCGCAGACGGAGCGAGGCGCAGCAAGAGGAGCGGCGUGCCAAGGAGCGGGCAGCCGAGGAAGCACGCGCUCUUGCUGAGGAGGAGGCCGCGAAGCUUGCGAGGGAAGAGCAGAUUCAACCAUUUGUGUUGCACCACCCACUGCUUGACCGCUGCUACCGCUUGGCUACCCCCCACCUGGACGUUGUGGUCAUAUCGUUUUGCUUGCUGCUCUCGUCGCUGGUGUUUGUGCAGCUCCGCAUCGAGCGCCUGGAGGACCUCCGCAAGCGCGUGAGAGACGAGCCCCCAGCUGGGGGGAAGACGACUAGGAUCAGGCUGCAACUCCCCAACGGGUCCAAGGUUGUUUCGAAGGACGAGCAGGAGUUCGAUGCGGACGGCACCGUGGGAGAGAUCCGAGGGUUCGUCACCCUCCACCUCGAGGACAACGACAUCCCCAUCAAGAACUUCAGCAUGAGCACCAACUUCCCCCGAAGGACGUACAGCCAGGAGGAUGGCGACGACGCCCUCUCCGUCGAGGAGGCGGGGCUGCACCCCACCGGCAUGCUCUUCGUCCACGACCUAGACGCCUAGGGUAGGACUUGGUUGGUUAGCUCGAUCCAUUCUCCCUCUUGGCCGUCAGUAAAUCAUCCAUCGUGUGGCGUGCGUCCAUGUUGUCUCGUUU